UCGAGAUCGAGAUCAAUGCAACGGCUUUGUCGGACAAUAUAAAAACACCACCAAGGAAGGAUAGUUCUCAGUCGCUUCUUUUUCUUUUAUAUCGGUUUUACUUUGUCUAUUUAUUGUGAAUAGUUUGAGAAUAAAAUGAUGCUGUACUUGAUUUUUGCCAGUUUGUUUGUUACCUAUGCAUCAGCUGCUCCCGGAUAUGGUUAUCAUGGUCUGGAUUUAUAUUCUCCACCAAUUAUACACGAACCUAUCAUCAAAGCUCCACUUAUUGCACAUGCACCGCUUCUAGCUCAUGCUCCCAUUAUAGCUCCAGCUCCUAUAAUUAAAACAGUAGCCCCAAUUCCAGUAGUAAAAACAAUUUUACCCGCUACAAGCCAUGCAAGCGUUGUUAGUUACCAUGUAGCGCAUCCGGUUGUUAAGACGAUUGUGGCUCAUCCACCAAUUUUGAAAGUAGCAGCGCCCCUUCCCCUUUACCAUCAUGGAUUCCAUUAACUUAAUACUGUAAUUACUUAAUUUAGUACCUAAAUAAUGUAAUUAAUGUAGAUAUUAAUUAUUUUUGUUACCUAUUUAUUACACAGAGUGUUAAAUGUUAGGCACAGAAAAUUUAAUAAAAAGUUGGCAAUUAA